CAGCGCCAUUGCAAUUGCUUGCAGUACAAAAAAAUAAUUGUGGUCCCCAGCGAAAAAAGUACAGCAAAGAAGUAAGCGCACAUUUACGGACCGUUAUGCAAAGCUGUAAAAUUGGCGGUGACCGGACAAUAAAUUGUAGCAAUAGCACUUGUAGUGCAAACUCUUCUCACAUCACAGUAUCGUAGUGAUAAGCAUUAGUGUAGCAUUAGAUACGGCUUGAUUGCCGAUUGCCAGCCCCUAGCCAUGUUGUGUGCUCUUGCCCGCGGUCCGCACCUAAAGGUGGCAGCCGUCUACUACAAUCUCUCCGACUUGCUAUGCACAAGUCGCGGCUGUGCCGUCCUGGCUGUACGCCUGCAGUCCGGCAGUGCUGGCAGGAGAAGCAGCAGCAGCAGCCACUAUCAUCAUCAUCAUCAACUACAACCCCGCCGAGAACUGCUUUCUCGCCCGUCUCGGUGUCGUGUCCAAAGUUCCGAGUUAGCAGUAAGAACGUUUCACUCAGAGCCAGUCGCGAUGUUCUACUCGAUGUACGCGUACCUCUCCAACCUGCCGCGUCUUCAUGUGCUCGGCCUGGCCAUUAUUGCCUAUGUAGUCUAUUACCUAAUCCAGGUGGUCAAGCGACCGAUAAUCGCUUGUUCGGACGGGCCGUUCAAGCAGUACUUGAUUCGGAAGGUGCCCACCCUGGAGAACAAGUACUGGCCCACUUUCUGGUGCGUUGAGAGCCGUGCCCAGACCGUUCUUGCGAGCCUGCUGCGCUCCAAGAGUCUGCCGCGCGUCAAUUACCGCCGCGAGAUUCUCAGCCUGACGGAUGGCGGAGAGGUGGCCCUAGACUGGAUGGAGGAGGAUUGCAACGUGAAUGCCCCCUGCAUUCUCAUACUGCCCGGACUGACCGGCGAGUCGCAGGCUGAGUACAUCAAGUGUCUGGUCUUCGCCGCCAAACAGUCUGGGAUGCGUGUGGUGGUCUUUAACAAUCGCGGCCUCGGCGGCAUUGAGCUAAAGACGCCGCGGCUCUACUGUGCCGCUAAUUGUGAGGAUCUCUGCGAGGUGGUCCAGCACGUGAGGAGAGUUUUGCCGGCUCAGUGCAAACUGGGGGCCACAGGCAUCUCCAUGGGAGGGCUGAUAUUGGGCAACUAUUUGGCGCGCAAGAGCGACGAGGCCCGCAGCUUUCUGUCGGCGGCCAAGAUCAUAUCUGUGCCGUGGGAUGUCCACAAGGGAAGCGCUAGCAUUGAAAAGCCAGUAAUCAACAGCUUGCUCGGUCGUCAUCUCGCUGGCAGUCUGUGCCGCACCUUGCGCAACCAUUUGGACAUUUACAGGGAAAUCUAUCAGGACUCGGACAUUGACAUACAGCGCAUUCUGCGCUGCAAGACCAUCAAGGAGUUCGAUGAGCUGUUCACCGCCAAGCAGUUCGGGUAUGCCCAUGUCAACGACUACUACUCAGAUGCGACGCUCCACAACAAGCUGGAUCAAAUAUCAGUGCCGCUCCUCUGCCUGAGCGCUGCCGAUGAUCCGUUCCAACCGUUGGACGCCAUCCCCGUCAAGGCCGCCAAUCAGUGUACCCAUGUGGCAAUUGUUAUCACGGCGCGCGGAGGCCACAUCGGUUUCCUAGAGGGCUGGUGGCCGUCCACCAGGGAUCAAUACAUGGGUCGACUGUUCACGGAGUACUUUACCAAGGCCCUCUUUGACGAGGAUGGCGAGUUUCAGCACACCUCCAAAAAAAUGUACGAACGGUUUCAGUCCAAACAGGCCCUGGCCCUGCCUGCGUCCGCCCUGCUGUUGGAGAAGAAGGUGGAAGUGGUGGAGCAUCUGGACCACAAGGUCAAGCUGAUGUAGAAGCCGCCGAUGACUAUGAGGUGAGAUGACGAUGCUGGCAAUACUCUUGCUCAACUAUUGCCUGACUAGAGGCGUUUCGUUUCCUUACGAACAACGAAACCAUACUCAAAUAAGCAAAAUUACCUGCGCAUAAAUUCCGUUUGCGAUUCCGAAGACUUUCCGAACACAUGUGAUAGAUGAAUAGUUUUUCCAAAACAAUUGAUCAAAAUCAGAAAACAAAGUGUAAGUCUGGGAAUAGAGAACAGAACAGAACAGGGACACGACAAUUCGACAGUUGCGGAUAUAUAGAUGCAUAGAUGCCCAAAUUAUAAAUAGUAUUCGUGACAUUAGGUACAUAUCAGAUUGGAAUAGAGAACAAAAAGCUUUAAAUUACUUUACAAUUCUUAGAGAUAAAUUCAAAACCUAUGUAUGACACAAUGCAAUAAACUUAUAUUUCUACAAA